GUCUUCCUUUAUAAGGUGGAGCAGAAGAGACCAAACAAACCCAGCAUUCAAAGUUAGUUGAAGGCAGCCAUCUGUUUCUCACUUGGAGCAUCUUCACGUCCGUAAGAACUUGUGGAAAGAGAGUUCUCUCCACUGGAAAGUGUUUUGCAACAGCUGGCACCACUAUGAAGACUUUCUUGGGACUCCUCCUCGUCUCUGUGCUUCUUGCAACAGGUGACUCUUUGGAGUGUGAAACAUGCUUUGGCCAAGGGGACAGCUGCACUGGCCAGAAGCAGCUGUGCUCACCUGACCUGAAUACCUGUCAGACCCUCCUGUUUGAAACCACAGUAGCUCCAGGAGAACAGAAAUUUCCUAGCAUCGUGAAGAGCUGCUCUUCUGAGGCUGGCUGUGAAUUACUGAAACUUGGAACAACAUACAACUUUCCCGGGACCAUGACUGUCAUCAAAGAAGUGAUCUGCAAGGCCCCUUCCUCCUGAGCAUCCCUUUUUCUGACUCUAUCAGGAUUCCUGCCGCUGAACAUCCUCUCCUGACACAUCUCUUGGGGGUGACCCUUCACAUCCUUUCCUCUGAAUCUGAUCACUCAGCCUUUCCAAAACAUCUGUUGCUUCUUGGUUUUAAGAAACGAAACAAAUAAAAUAGAUUGACCAGGAACUGAA